CUGCAGCAUGUAAUCGCCGAAAAUAUAAAAUAUCGUUGAGAGUCUACGCACUUUGAAUUUAAUUUGGAUUACACGUUCACAGCACUCAAAUCUAGCUAGACAGACAGUCAUGAGUGAGUUUCAGGUCCACCAUGUCAAGUUCUGCAACUAUGUCCCGAGUGGAAUCCAGAGCCUGGCAUACAACCAAACAGACAAAGUCCUAGCAGUUGGCCGGGAGGACAACUCUGUCGAGAUAUGGAAGACAGGAGAGGGCAGGAAAUGGUUGCAGCAAAAGGUAAUCCCGGGGUCCGAGAAGAGGAAGGUGAACAGUCUAGUCUGGGUCAAAGGUCGACUCUUUUCUGCAGGUCUACAGGGAGACAUCACAGAAUAUGAUCUGCAGCAUUUAAAGCCAAAGAAAUCAAUCUACUAUGGUAAUGCCUUUUGGUGCAUUGCAGUGAACAAUGCACAAACUCAUAUAGCAGCAGGUUGCGAGGAUGGGUACAUCCGUCUCUACGAGAUGACAGACGAGGGCCUCAUCUAUGAUAGGUCGCUCCAGAUGCAACAGGGUCGGGUCGUGUCACUAGCAUGGCAUGUGUCAGAUGAGGUCAUCGUGACGGGGUCACUGGAUAAUAUCAGGAUUUGGAAUGUGAACACAGGACACGCAACACUGAGGAUCACCACGCAGAGGGUCCAGAAGCACACGGAGGUCGUAGUUUGGCAGGUGGCUGUCCUGGAUGAUAUGACCAUAGUCAGCGGAGACUCGGUCGGGAGGACCCAGUUCUGGAAUGGAAAACAUGGAACACUGCUCAAGAGUUACACCAGUCACCGAGCAUCGGUCCUGGAUCUCUGUGUGUCCCAAGACCAGACCAGUGUCUUCUCGGCCGGUGUGGAUCCCAUCAUCUCCGAGUUCCAAAUGGUCCAGAAGGCCUCUGGAUCUGAGACCAAGCACUGGGUCCGGGGAAGGUCCAUACGGGAUCACAGCCACGAUGUCAUGGCCGUGGUCAUAGCUGGAGAUAAACUCGUGUCGGGAGGUGUGGAUACCAUGCUAGCAGUGAAUCCAGUCCAUAUAGAGAUGUCUGGUGGCAAACUGAGUAAAGCGAUGUCCCGACUGCGUCACAGAAUACGCGGCUUUCCACACAAGCCCAUUGUGACUUUGGCGCCCAAGGCCAGGAUGCUACUCCUGCAGUAUUCACAUUCCCUGGAGGUGUGGAAACUAGGCAACACACAAGCAUCCUCAGAUGAAGAUGGAAAAGUUUUGCCAUUAUCCGAGAAGCCGGUCAAGUUACUGGAACUUAGAGCAAAGGUAGGAAUCUAGAACUGUUC